CCGCGGGUGCUCAGCAGGGCUCAGCACCCUCACCUGCGCAGGACCUGCUCCCAGGGGCACAGGCCUGAAGACUGCUCAGCUGUUUUCCACAUGACUGCUUUCCUCCAGCUGCGCUUUUCAAAGAGAAUCCAGAAUAUUUUACCCCUUCUAGCGUGGCAGCGCGCGUUCGAACGACGUUUGGCACUGUGAGGAUGCGGCAUUAGCCGUUCCCAACACCGGGAAGGCAGCAACGUGGGCUGGAUUUCAUGCAGGGCUCCGGCGCCUGCGCUCCCAGCACUGACAGCGCCAGGCUGCCCCGGACGCUCCAGCUCGGGCUCCGGCGGCGGCGGGGCGGCGGCAGAGCCCCCGGGGCGGCGGCAGAGCCCCCGGGGGUCCCGAGGGGCAGCGCGGCCAUGAACUGCAGCGAGCCGCGGCGGCUGCCGGCGCUGCUCAGCGCGCUGCUGCGGGACCUGCGCGGCUCCGGCCGCAACGCCAGCGCGGGGGCGGGGGGCGACGCCUCGCUCUACAUCCUGCUCAUCAUGGUCUUCUACGGCUGCCUGGCCGGGGGGCUCAUCCUGGCCUACACCCGCUCCCGCAAGCUGGAGUCCAAGCACGACCCCUACCACCUUUACAUCCAGCGCGACUGGGGCCGCGGCGGCCCGGGCCAGCCGGCCGAGGGGGGCGGCCCCGCCGCGGGGCAGCGGCUGGUCUGAGCGCUGGGGCGGCGGGCGGGAUGGA